CGAGGAAGUAGUUAGUCCACUAGAUUAGCUGCUUGUUUUUGGACGGCGCCGCUAGCGAGUUAGGAAGAGAAAAGGUCUGGUUAGUAUGUUUUAUUUUAGAUAUUUAUAAUUUCGACUUGUGUUUAAAUAUAAUCUGAGCUUUAAUUUGGUGAGGAACGGAAGUUAGUUAGCUCGGCUCGGUUAGCUUUCCGGAUUAGCCGCUUUAGCCAGUGCCAUGGAUCAGUAUAGUAUUCUGGGUCGGAUUGGUGAAGGAGCUCAUGGCAUUGUGUUCAAGGCCAAACACAUCGAGACCGGAGAGACGGUGGCACUGAAGAAAGUGGCCCUCCGAAAGCUGGAAGAUGGGAUUCCCAACCAAGCACUAAGAGAAAUUAAAGCGCUUCAGGAAAUUGAAGAUAACCCGUAUGUCGUAAAGCUGAAGGAUGUGUUCCCACAUGGUACCGGCUUUGUGCUGGUGUUUGAGUAUAUGCUGUCGGAUCUGUCCGAGGUUAUCCGGAACUCUCAGAGGCCCCUGACCGAGUCUCAGGUCAAGGGCUACAUGAUGAUGUUGCUCAAAGGGGUGGCCUUCUGUCAUGAGAACUCCAUCAUGCACAGGGAUCUGAAACCUGCAAACCUUCUAAUCAGCUCGACAGGUCAUUUGAAGAUUGCUGAUUUUGGUCUGGCGAGGCUUUUUUCCAACGAUGGAGAGAGACUUUACAGUCAUCAGGUGGCCACGAGGUGGUACAGAGCUCCAGAGCUUCUAUACGGCGCUCGGAAAUAUGACGAAGGAGUGGACCUGUGGGCAGUGGGCUGUAUUUUUGGGGAGUUGUUGAAUAACUCUCCUCUGUUCCCUGGAGAGAACGACAUCGAGCAACUGUGCUGUGUGCUCCGUGUCCUGGGAACGCCGAACCAGAAAGUGUGGCCGGAGAUCACAGAGUUGCCAGACUACAACAAGAUCACGUUUAAAGAUAACCCGCCGAUCCCUCUGGAGGAGAUCGUGCCCGAUACGUCCCCUCAGGCCGUUGACCUGCUGAAGAAAUUUCUCGUGUAUCCAUCCAAGCAGAGAAUUAGCGCCAGACAGGCUUUACUGCAUCCCUACUUCUUCACAGACCCGCUCCCUGCCCAUCACUCGGAGCUGCCCAUUCCUCAGCGCGGAGGGAAACACUCUCGGCAGCGACUGCAGCCCCCGUACGAGUUCUCGGUGGACCAGCCUUUGCACGAGAGCCUGGUCGACCCCGGGCUGAUCCAACCGCACACAUGGGGGUGUUUAUGAGAUCUGCUUCCCUCAUCAUGGCUUCUCUGCACAGUCGCAGGUGGCUCAAGCUGACUAUCCAUUUGUGUUUUUUGCAUUCUUGGCUAGUAUUCCGUUCAGCUAGCAUGAUAUUGAAUGAGACGAAGACAAGUAGCUGAAUGGAAUAUAUCUGAUAUACCAUGAAAAAAGCCAGCCCAUAUUAUUAUUAUUAUUAUUAUUAUUAUACAUACACAUUCCUUUCGGGUGUUCAACACGUCUUUCUCUUUCAAAAUUCUCUCAAAAUCUUCCGUAUUUAACAAAGCAAACCUGGCGGCCAUGUUUGUUUACAAAUUAUCCCAGUCGCUCGCUAUCGCAGAAGUUUUCUUCUUUAAGUUUUACAUCUCCGACUUGUAAUGUCAUGUUGUCUUGACAACCAUGCAGUAUCGUAAACCAUAUUCAACGCUGUCCAUUCACCAUCAGUGUUCUCCUGAUGGUGGACUCAUGAACAUUAACAUUAGCCAAUGUGAGAGAGGCCUUCAGUUGCUUAUAAGUUACCCUGGGGUCCCUUGUGACCUCGCCAACUAUUACACGCCUUGCUCUUGGAGUGAUCUUUGUUGGUUGACCACUGCUGGGGAGGGUAACAAUGGUCUUGAAUUUCCUCCAUUUGUACACAAUAUGUCUGACUGUGGAUUGGUGGAGUCCAAACUCUUUAGAGAUGGUUUUGUAACCUUUUCCAGCCUGAUGAGCAUCAACAACGCUUUUUCUGAGGUCCUCAGAAAUCUUCUUUGUUCGUGCCAUGAUGCACUUCCACAAACAUGUGUUGUGAAGAUCAGACUUUGAUAGAUCCCUGUUCUUUAAAUAAAACAGGGUGCCCACUCACACCUGAUUGUCAUCCCAUUGAUUGAAAAUACCGGAGUCUAAUUUCACCUUCAAAUUAACUGCUAAUCCUAGAGGUUCACAUACUUUUGCCACUCACAGAUAUGUAAUAUUGGAUCAUUUUCCUCAAUAAAUAA